AUGCAUCCCCGCCUCUUCACUUCCCUGGUCCUGAUCGAGCCAGUGAUUGUGCCAGACACCUUCAGCGGUCUCGGACCAAAGCUAUCUCUGCUCUCACUUAAGCGACAGGAUACUUGGCCAUCACGCUCAGCAGCGAUCGAAUCCGCGCAAAAGUCACACAGGCGAUGGGAUCCGAGAGUAUUUGAACGGUGGAUCCAAUAUGGAUAUCGCGAGCUUCCCACAUCUACCUACCCUCAGAUCAGGAGUGAUACUGGCCUUGACACUAAUCUGGAAACCGUCCCGGUAACAUUGGCAACCUCGAAGUACUUGGAGGUCAUGGAAUAUGUUCGACCUAAUUUUGAAGGGCACAAACCACCGGGAAAAGAAGAGCACAUCUUUGGACAUGCGCAUGAUCUUCUCACUCAUCCUGACGUGAUUGGUCCCGUGGACAAAACUUCGCCCUUUUACAAAAGCGAGGCGGUCAUUGCAUGGAAGCUGCUUGACCAUAUUCGUCCCUCUGUCCUCUAUGUGAUUGGGGAUCGAAGUCCCAUACAGACAGAUAUCAUUCGGGCCGAGUUGGUGUGUCGGACUGGGGUGGGGGCGGGAGGCAGUGGCGGAGCCAAGAGCUCCCAGGUGAAGGAAUCGGUCAUUGAGCGCUCUGGUCACCAGGUACCAUUAGAAAAGGUAAAAGAAACGUCAUGGGCUAUCGCAAGAUGGAUCGGCCCUGUAUCAGAAAAGUGGAGGCAUGAUGAAGAGCGUGUUGCUGCAGGAUGGCAAGAUCAGUCUGCAAAGGACAGAUUGACCGUGUCAGCAGGAUGGGUGCCCAUACUAGAAGCGCUCUACAUAGCGCAGGAAAGGAGUUCAAAGAUAUAG